AGAGCCGAAGAUGUCUGCUCGGUCAUGUGAUCAGCUGUGCCCAAUCACAGCUGAUCACAUGGGACAUGUACACUGAUCAUCAGGGCACUGAUGAUCAGUGUGCCCUGAUGAUCAGUGUGGCCCCAGAAGUGCCACCUGUCAGUGUCCAUCAGUGCCACAUCAAUGCCACAUAUCAGUGCAUACCAGUGCACAUCAAUGCCACAUAUCAGUGCCCAUCUGAGCUGCCUUUCAAUGUCACCCAUCAGUGCCACCUAUCAAUGCCAAUCAGUGCCACCUAUCAGUGCUGCCAGUCAAUGCCACCUAUCAGUGCCAGUCAGUGUUGCCUAUCAGUGCGUAUCAGUGCCAUGUAUCAGUGCUGCCUUUCAGUGCCCAUCAGUGAUGCCUGUCAAUGCCCAUCAGUGCAGCCUAUCAGUGCCCAUCACUGCAACCUCAUUAGCGCACAUCAG